CUGGGCAAGGUCUACGGCUCGGUCUUCACCGUCUACCUGGGGUUGUGGCGAGUCGUGGUCUUGAGCAGCUACAAGGUGGUGAAGGAGGCCCUGGUGGACCAGGCAGAGGACUUCAACGCGAGAGGGCAUUUGCCGUCCUUUUCCAAUGAUUUCAAUGAGCACG